CUUGCUUUUAUAGCAUGUAGAGAUAACAGAGAGAGAGAGACAGAGAGGGGUUUUCAUUUGGAAGAAGAAGGAAUCAUCCGUCUAUCCUAUCUAUCACAUAAAAAGAGUUUACUAUCAACAGAGAGCUGAAGGAUUGAAGAUGCGGUUUUCAUGAUCCUCUGGUAUUAAGAAUCACUGAAAGUGAAAAAUAUACUGAUGAUUUAGCAAGUAUUUUCUAAUUUCUAUCACUGAAGUUUGUUGUUUUUUGAGAGACAAGUGUUUUUAUUUAUUUAUGGGGAAGAAGAAGCGACAGAAAAUGAAGGAACUUUCAGUAGCUAUAGCUGAGUCUGCAGCAUCAAAAGAAGGAGGUGAUACCAAGCAGCAAGAAUCACAACCUCAGGCUCCUAGAAAAAGAGGCAGGCCUCGAAAGGUUGUUAGGGAAGAGGGAAAAUUAGUAGAAACGACCAUGGAUGAAGCAGCAGCAGCUUCCACAGCAACACAAAGCAUCAUGAACAUGGAGAAGAAAGAAGAAGAAGAAGAAGAAGAAGAACAUGAAGCAUCAGCAAAGGAAGAAGAAGAUAUUCAACUUCCAAAAAGGGAGCCAUCGAGAAGCAGGGCCAGGAGGAAAAGCAAACCCAGAAAAAGCACUUGAAAAUCAUUACUUUUUUAUUUUCCCCUUCUUCUCUUGUUAUAAUUUCUUCCCUUUCCAAGAACAAAAAAAAAAAAGAAUUUGUUGAGGUUCAUCGGUUUGACAUCAAAGUCUUAAUAUUAUUUGGUAAUACAGGUUCUUAGUUUAUCUA